AAUUGUUGCCGCAGUGAUUUAUUUUCCUCCAUUUCAUUUUUCUUUCUUUUUUUUUUGUUUUAUCUGCCUUCUCUCUCUCCUCUCCUUCUCUUUUUGUCGUUGUUGUAUUUUUCCCCCCCGUUUUUUUUUUUUUUUACCAGCUGCUGGAUUUUCCCCUUCUUUUAUAACUGCUGUCAUUCUCUCCAUUUACAAAGGAGGGAUCUACAAAUAGAGGCAACCACAGCAAGACAUGUGUCUCUGGGGAUGAUGCCGUUGCCGCUGGUGCCACUCUCCCUGUCGCCAUGACGAUGCCGCUCAGCCCCCUCUCCAGCGACGAGGAGCAGCAAAGGAUGCUGGGAAACAGUCAACACCUUUAUCCAGGGGCGGAAGAGGAAGAAGAAGAGGAGGAGGAGGAGGAAGAGGAAAUGGAUGAUGACGGCAUGGGCGAGGAGGAGAACGGAGAGCUGGAGUUGGAUGAUGAAGAGGACGUGGACGACGAAGAUGACAUCAGGCGAGGACCAGGGCGUUUGAGAGGAGGCAGGGAAGAGGGGCACAGGCAAAAAGGCACAAUGGCUGGACGACUUCCAGGAGACAGACCGCUACGACCCGGCAACCCGGGCCACACGGCCAACCCGUAUUCGUCCAACCCUGGACCCGCCCACCAAGCGCCGGCUAAUCAGCAGCAGCCGCAACAGCAGCGGAAGCUACGAGAGCGAAGCUCAAGCAACGCACCUGACGACACACACAUAGCUAUGAUGGUCUUUCGAAUUGGCAUUCCUGAUAUCAAACAGACGAAGUGUCUGAGGUUCAACCCUGAUGCAACCGUAUGGAAGGCAAAACAGCAGGUGCUGUGUAGUCUAACCGAAUCUCUAAGGGAUGUAUUAAACUAUGGCCUUUUCCAACCUGCUACUGAUGGGCACGAUGCCAAGUUCCUGGAGGAAGAGAGGCCGCUCCACGAAUACCCACAAUCCUUUGAGAAAGGAGUACCCUACCUGGAGUUCCGCUACAAAACCAGGGUGUACAAACAGACAAAUCUAGAUGAAAAACAGCUGGCCAAACUACACACAAAGGCCAGUCUGAAGAAGUUCAUGGACUACAUCCAGGCCGGGGCUGUGGAAAAGGUAGCCAAACUUGUAGACAAAGGCCUUGACCCCAACUACCAUGACCCUGAUACAGAAGAGACCCCACUCACUCUGGCUGUACAGACGGAGCCGGGCGGAGGGGAGAUCAUCAGGGUGCUGGUGAUGGGGGGAGCUCACAUUGACUUCAGGGCAAAGGAUGGCUUGACCCCUCUCCACAAGGCUGUCAGAGCACAUGCGCACACUGCCCUACUGGCGCUGUUGUCUUUGGGGGCAUCUCCUGAUUAUAAGGACCGCCGUGGGCUGACACCACUUUACCACACUGUGCUGAUAGGGGGCGACACCUCCUGCUGCGAGACCCUCCUCUACCACAGAGCCAAGCUGGGGCUCCGUGAUGAGAAUGGCUGGGACGAAACCCAUCAGGCUUGUCAAAAUGGGAACUCUCAACACUUGGAGCACCUGCUUUUUUAUGGUGCAGACUCCUCAUCCCAGAAUGCCUCAGGAAACACUGCCCUGCACAUAUGUGCUUUAUAUAACAAGGAGAGCUGUGCCCGCAUUCUGCUGUAUCGAGGAGCCAAUAAGGACACAAAGAAUAACAGUGGGCAGACCCCCUUCCAGGUGGCUGUGAUGUCUGGCCAUUUUGAGCUGGGAGAAAUCAUUAAAAACCACCGUGAAUCAGACGUAGUUCCCUUUUUGGAGUCUCCAAAGUAUGCCCCCCAGAGGAGGGAGAGUUCUCGUACUCUUGGAUUGCCCCAUCCUCAUCCCUUCUUGCGGGCCAACAGUGACAACAGUAUGAACGUGCCAGACUGGAUCGCUUUUCCCAACGCUGCUGGAUCAAACCUAGUCUCCGUGCAGGGUCUAAAGCAUGGCGCCACCUUGCGUAGCUCCAGCAGUCCCCGUGGAGCGCGAACCCGUUCCCCGUCCCGUGGCCGAACAGGCGACCGAGACGAACGGAGCCGGCAAACACGGGGAAGACAAGGCGCUGGCUCUAUCAGUAGUCAGGGCACAGCAAGCGGGCAGCGGCGGCGUCUCUACAGUGCCGUGCCUGGCCGUAUUUUUGUGGCCACUCGCUCGCACUCGGCCCAGGGGGACCGUGAGAUCAGCUUCAACAAGGGAGACAAAGUCAAAGUGUUAAGUGUGGGUGAAGGAGGCUACUGGGAGGGGACAGUUCGUGGGCGCACGGGCUGGUUCCCCUCUGACUGCGUGGAGGAGGUGGCUCUUCGCAGCCUGGAGUCCCGUUCAGAGAGCCGCAGCGAGAGAGCCAAGCGACUCUUCCGACAUUACACCGUUGGAUCCUACGACAGCUUUGACGCGCCCAGUGACUAUAUAAUCAAGGAGAAGACAGUCCUCCUGCAGAAAAAAGACAAUGAAGGUUUUGGCUUUGUGCUGAGAGGAGCCAAGGCUCAGACCCCUAUAGAAGAGUUCACUCCCACCCCAGCCUUUCCAGCACUGCAGUACCUUGAGUCUGUCGACGAGGGUGGCGUGGCUUGGAGAGCUGGUCUGCGAAUGGGAGACUUCCUUAUCGAGGUGAAUGGUCAGAAUGUGGUUAAGGUGGGACACAGGCAGGUGGUCAAUAUGAUCAGGCAAGGCGGCAACAGCCUCAUGGUCAAGGUUGUCAUGGUUACCCGGAACCCUGAUAUGGAGGAAGGGGUCCGAAAGAAAAUCCCACAGCAGAGUAAAAGGCUGAGCACACCGGCUAUCGCUCUGCGCUCCAAAUCCAUGACAUCAGAGCUGGAAGAGAUGGUGGACAGAGCCUCUGCCCCAUGGAAAAAAAAAUCAGAGUUCGAGUCUUCACAAGCUACAGAGAAGAAGAGGACAGUUUAUCAGAUGGCUUUGAAUAAACUGGAUGAGAUUUUAGCAGCAGCACAGCAGACCAUCAGUACCAAUGAGGCCCCAGGGCCCCGGGUUCAGGGGAUAAAAAGAGAACGGGGCAGAGGCUUAUAUAAUGAGCCAAGUUUCGACCAAUCGGGAAUGGGGAUGACAUCAUCUGGGGCAGGGCUAGGCUAUGACCGUGGUCAAUUUGUGUCUGGCCACGGCCCCCCGCACGGUAUGCUGCGACAGAAGUCUAUCGGGGUUCCAGAGGAGGAAAAGCAGUUCCUUCAUCCUCCAGCCAUGAAGUUUGCCCGCAGUCUUUCAGUACCUGGCCCAGAUGACAUCCCUCCUCCCCCUACUACAGCUCCCCCUGAGCCCCCUUUCUCCUCAGCUCCCCCUCUUGGCUUUAGGGGCAAAACAUCCCAGCAGCCAUCUGUUUCUGUGUCCCAAUCCACUUCCUCUUCUGCACAGUAUCAGCUCUACUCACAGUCAGUACAUGUCACACAUGGACCCAGAGACAGGUCCCCUGGACCACCUGCUGGGUCCGGAACUGGGGACCUCUCUUACUCCCAUGCUCAAGCCCACCCCUCUGUGCCAAGCAGGACUGCCUCCAGAAAGGUGAUUGGGUACACAGGGGACCUUGCAGGGGCUGGAGGAGCACCAGGAGCCAAGGCAGCAGCAUUGAGAAGGGGCUACAGCAAUGCAGUCCCACCCACUAGUGUCGCUACUGUAAUUCCUCAACAGCAACAGACUACUCAGAGCCAACCUUCCAGGAUGGACCGCAGUGCGAUAGGGGCAGGAGCAGGGGCAGGUGGCGUACCGAAAGGUGGUGCCCGGAGAGGGAAGGGGCCCUUGGUGAAGCAGUCAAAGGUGGAGGAUCUGCGUCAGGGCCAGGGCACACUGGAAGGGAAGGGGUCAGUGGAGAAGAGCUCUAUUCCUAUCCCAACCAUCAUUGUUAAAGCUCCUUCCACCAGCAGCAGUGGACGUAGUAGCCAAGGCAGCAGUAUGGAGGCUGAACCGCCAAACAGUACAAAUUCAGCCGGACGCUCCUCUUCUCCCACACCACCUCCUCUCUCUAUUCCAGCUCCACCUGCCUACCGGGGCCCUCCAACAGCAACAUCCACCCCAGCAACUUCUGUAUCUCUCAGAGGUGCCUCAACUGUAACCGCAAGCUGUUCCACAACUGCUUCUACAACUGUCGUCUCUUCUGCUACUACCGCUGCUGCCGCUGUCACACCACACACACGCAUUGCAACUGUCUCCACAGUAGCUACAGGGGGUAGCAGACGGCCCAGCGCAGAGCAUCAUCCGACACCCAGUGCAGCUGCAGCUAAGAGUGGCGAGUCUCAGGAGACAGUGGUGGAUUCUGGGAUUGAGGAGCUGGACAGCCGAAGCAGCAGCGACCAUCACUUAGACAACAUCCUUGCACUCAGUGGUAGUGGGGUCAGAGAAAGGUUGGAGAGAGCAGGGAUGGGUAGCAUAGGUGGAGUUGGAGAGAGAGGUGGGGCAACAGAGGCCGACAGAACAAGUGGGGCAGACUUUUUAGAGUCUUACAUGAGCUAUCUUGAUGGACAGACUUUUGAAAUGCACAAUGCCAAAGCCGCCAGCACCGCAUCCACCUACCCAAAAACACAGAGGUACAGAGAAGGGAGCCGGGCUGGAGAUCUUCGACGCCAAACCAGCACGGCACCCCCUGCAUACCACCGUCGUAGGGAGGAGGAAGAGGAGGAGGAGGCAGAGGAGGGAGAGGAGGAGGACGUGAAUGUCCGCGAUGGCUAUGGAAUGAGGCAAGGGCCAGGGAUCGCUCGCUCCUCUGUAAUGUACUUUGACCGGCCCCGCACUCCAGAGAUAAAACCGCUGUGGGGUGAUGGGUCGGCCGGAGCAGCGCAGUCCAUAGGGGAGGGAGGGGUCCAGACUGGGGGGACAUAUGUGGAGGCACGUAAACUACAUCCUCCCAUGUCCGGUAUGAAGGCAAGCAUCAUCAAUGAACUAAGCACCAAAUUACAGCAGAGGUGCAAAGGAACGGAGAACUGGGGAGCUCAGAGAUCACUGAGCAGACAUAGAUACAGGUUCUCAGAGGACUCCACAGGUGCACUGAGUCCUCCCUCUGUCCGCUCUAGCUCCCCAUCUCCUGUUCAGCUCUCUCAGCCUGCCUUGUCUCCCUCCCCCACCCCUUCUUCCCAGCCGCUCUACCCAAACUGGGCUCGAUCUCCUUCCCCUCAGCCCCCUGCUGCCUCAUCCCAGCCUCCUCCCCGAUCACACUCACCUGUUUCUCCCUCUUCAUAUUCGCCGUACCCCACCUCACCCAAACACCGGCCCGUUUACCGCACCAAAGCCCUGGAGUUCCAGUUUAUACCCAGCCGAGAGUCACGUAAGGCAGAGUCGCAUUACGCUCAGCGCAGACGAGCACCCAGCCCCUUAAUUUCACCCUCUGACCGCCCCAAGCUUGGCCCUCCCCGCCCCUCUUCCCUUCCCAUUCUCCCCACCACUCGCUCCUUGUCACCCACCCACUUCCUGUCAGGGACUUCAUCCCCACCACUCCACCCCAUUCCUCCACCCACUUGCCUGAGUUACCCUCACCUCCCACCCCCUUCACCCACCAAACCCUUCGCCUCCAAACCACUCCCAUACUGGACCAAGUAUGACGUUGCGGAUUGGCUGGGCUACCUGAACCUGGGUGAGCACAGGGAGCGAUUCCUAGAUAACGAGAUUGAUGGCACGCACCUGCCCUCUCUUACCAAGGACGACUACCUGGACCUGGGUGUGACCAGGGUUGGCCAUCGCAUGAACAUAGAGAGGGCACUCAGGAGAGUGAUGGACAGGCUGUCUUCUAGCACUUUCCCCAUUUCUGCCCUCUCCUCUCGAGAUGAACGGACAGACAGAAGGAGAGAUGAGGCCAACCGGAGUUGAGAGGACAGGAAAGAUGAGGUGACAACUGCUGCCAUCAGAGAUUAUUCCCUGAAUUAAGAAAACUGCAGGAAGAGGUGACUUCGACAUCAAACUGCCAACUCGCAGAUGGAGAGAUACAGGAGAAACGGAGAGCAUUGAAGGCCUGUCGAGCUGUGAACAUGCCUGCGCUUACGUGUGUUUCAGUCAACAAAAACAUAAACGCCUACAUACACAUCCGUACAUAUCAACAUUUAAACAGAACACACUUAGUUUGAGCUUGCAGGCACUCACAAGGUGAUCAAAAUGGAAAUAGAUGAAUCAAAUCGGGGAAACUAACUCUAUGAGGAUACCGAAGUUCAACAUGAGAAGGUAACAUACUACAUAACUGAGCCAAAUAAUUUGAGGGAAACAAUCAAAAUGCUCUUUAGCUUUCCUGUUUUUCUGUAGUACUAUAGGAAGAGAUAGGGAGAAAGAGAGAUAUUGAAACCUCCUUUGCUAUCUUUCUCUUUUUCUCAGAUUUUCAGCUGAGUCUGUAUUACUGGCAAAUAUUUACUAAUGGUCUCAUUUAUAGAGUAGGUUCAAUGGAGACCAAUGCAGGGAGGGCAAGUACUGACAAACCUCCUGUCUGGCAUGACUAGGGAAGCCCUUAAAAUAGAGGUCAAUUUAACGGCAGGCACUUAUUUGGUAAGACUGUGUUUAUGCUUGGGUUCCUGUUGUUUGUGUGUGAGUGCGUGUACUUGAUAAUGUGAAAGGUUAUCACUAGAGGCAUGACCGUGAUUUGUUAUGUGUUUUUACCUCACCAAUGGAGGGAUUCUAUUUUGCCGAAGCCAGAUUGGGGCUUGUGCGUAUCUUGUAUUUCACUAGAACUUCUUUACCUUC